AUGCAGAACACAGCCUGUGCUUACCUGAACGCUUCCCUCCUGUCUCUAGCGCGUUGCUUGGCGUGCUGCCUGCGUCUGACACCCACACACCACACCACGCACCACGUCUCGCCUCAGCUGCUGUCCUGUCCUGUCCUGUCUCGUCCGGUCCUGUCUUGUCCCGUCCUGUCUGUCCUGUCUGUUCUGUCUGUCUUGUCCCGUCCUGUCUGUCCUGUCCUGUCCUGUCUGCCCUAUCUGUCCUGUCUGUCCUGUCUGUCCUGUCUGUCCUGUCUGUCUUGUCCCGUCCUGUCUGUACUGUCUGUCCUGUCUGCCCUAUCUGUCCUGUCUGCCCUAUCUGUCCUGUCUGCCCUAUCUGUCCUGUCUGCCCUAUCUGUCCUGUCUGCCCUAUCUGUCCUGUCUGCCCUAUCUGUCCUGUCUGCCCUAUCUGUCCUGUCUGCCCUAUCUGUCCUGUCCUGUCUGUCCUGUCCUGUCCUGUCUGCCCUAUCCUGUCCCCGCCCACCUCGCCACUGCAGCGUCCUCCUGCUACCUACCCCACCGCUGCGUGAAAGCACAGAAAUAGAAGACACAAAAACAGAAACGAGCGCGCUCGGAGACAGCUCCCUCACCCUUCACCCGUCUCACUAG